UAAUGGACUCAUUUAAGAUAAUGACUCAGGCAGUUCUAGCAAACAAUGGGGCAAGACGAGAAAGGAUAAAGAAGGACCUUGAGCCAAAAUACAGGUCAAUCUGUAAUAACAAUGCUUCGGCAACACAAUUAUUCGGAGACAACCUGCAAGAGCAAAUAAAAAAUUUAGGGGAUUGCAAAGUGAACCUGACUACAAAGCAGCCUUUUUUAUCGAAAAGAGGGGGGGCCAGCAGCAGGUUUCCCCGACAACGACAAAGUUAUCAUCAAAAGACAUACCAAGGCCAACAAAGCCAACGUCAACAGCAACAAAAACCUGCAUACAACAGGAACCCCUUUUACAAGAAAUCCAGAGGACAGACAAGACACAAAUAGAGACAUAUAAUAACACGGAUUCUACAGAAAAUAGAAGAGGACAAAACAGCAAAAGUUUUAAUAGUGGUUCCCUUAUGGCCGACACAGAAUUGGUGGCCAAGUCUAAUGAGAAUGGUAUGUGGAACUUGUUACAAACUACCACACCCACAAGCAAUACUGAGCCUGCCUCACAAACCGGACUUAAAAUACCCAUUGAAAAAGAUGUGUCUGGGGGCUUUUCUUAUAUCAGGAGAACACUACGCACCCAAGGCAUACCAAGAAAAACUAGAGACAUCAUCAUCAAAUCAUGGAAAGCGAGCACUCAAAAGCAGUAUGAACCUUACAUUAGGGCAUGGCUGUUUCACUGCAGAGGGAAAGACAAUCCCACUAAUCCCAAUAUAAAAACAGUGCUAACAUUUCUAACAAAGAUGUAUGACAGGGGCCUAAGGUAUAGUGCAAUGGGCACAGUACGGUCGGCAAUAAGUGUAUUCGUGAAAAUAUGUGGUAAUAUGGAUUUAAAUUCUAACGAAACAAUCACUAGAUUCAUGAAAGGAGUUUUUAAUGAUAGACCUACAUUACCACGAUACCAAACCACAUGGGAUGUUCAGAUAGUAUUAGACUACUUAAAACAAUUAACUGAUACAACGUUAUUACAACUGUCGUGUAAACUGUGCAUGCUUUUUCUACUUCUGUCUGCACAAAGGUGCCAAACAUUGCAUUUAGUUGAUCUAUCUGAUGUAGUUAUUUCAAAUGAAAGAGUUUUGAUUUAUCCAAAUCACUUGUUAAAACAAUCUAAACCAGGUUCACAUCUAGAUGUAAUAUCUUUCGAAGCAUUCAUGAAUAAUGAAAAUUUGUGCAUUGUGUCAGUAUUCAAAAAAUACACUGAACGCACAAAAAAUAUCAGAACAGAUAAAAAGUUACUGGUUAGUACAAUUAAACCGCACAAGGCGGUAUCAAAAAGUACAAUUGCACGUUGGGUUAAGCUUGUACUCCUUAAAUCUGGGAUAGACAAAAGUUUUAAGCCUCAUAGCACAAGGGCUGCAGUAACAUCCCUGGCUAAACUAAAAGGAGUUCCUCUGCAGACUAUCAUAAAAACUGCAGGCUGGGCAAAUGCAAACAUGUUUGCAAAAUUUUACAAUAAGCCCAUUGUGCCAAAAGCUAAAACUUUGCAAAAAGCUAUACUGGAAGGGAAUUAAUAUCACCAGACCUGGUUUAGAAUCAUGUAACUUACAUGUAAGAAACUGACUUUGUACAUAAA